UUAUUCUUCCGUAUAUCGAUCCACUCCAACUUCUGAUAAUAGUACGAGACUAUCCGCUUAUGGAUCAAGAAAAUAUUGUCGUAGAACUUCGUCAAGAGCUUCUGAGCGUUCAAAAUCUUCGUUUUCCAGUUUACCGACGCGACGACCUAAAACUUCGGCUUCUGCAUGUAUUGGUGGUCGCGAUAAUCAUUCAUUUGUAGUUGCCAUGAUUGAGGGUAGAGGUGUUGCUACUGAAGUUGGUAUGUGUUUUAUCGAUUUGAGGACGAGCGAAUGUAUUUUAUCUCAGAUUGCUGAUUCUCAAACUUACGUAAAGACAUUACACAAAUUAAAUUUAUAUAAUCCCGUUGAGAUCAUAUUAUCCGUGACCGCAAUUGAACCAUCAAAGUCAAAGUUAUGUAAAAUACUCGAAGACAAUAUGCCCAUGGCCAGCAUCAUACCAAUUGGAAGAAAAUAUUUUAAUGAUGCGAUUGGUCUUAAUUACAUAAAACAGUAUAGUUUAGAGGAAGAUUCCGCUUCAUUGAUUCUGGGAAUAACGUCAAAAUUUUAUUGUUUAGCAGCAACAGGCGCAAUAUUAAAAUAUAUCGAGAGUACUCAAAACAUUUUCUUUACUAACCAUUCAAUUAAAUUCAAAUAUCAAGGAUGUGAAGGAACAAUGAUGAUAGAUUGUGUGACUGCACGUAAUCUUGAAUUGAUUAGCAAUAUAAAUAAUCCACGUAGCAAUCAUUCACUUUACGGUAUUUUAAAUAACACACGUACACCCAUGGGAGCCCGCUUAUUAAGAACCAAUACUUUACAACCUUUAAGCGAUGUAACUACGAUUAAUAUGCGAUUGGAUGCUGUUGAGGAGCUUAUACGUCAUGAAGAAACAUUCUUUGCGAUUCAAACGGCUCUCAAACCAUUUCAAGAUAUUGAUCAUUUGAUCACAGCAUUGAUUCAAGUUCCAAAGAAACCUUCAGUUAAACAUGCGGAACAAAGUAUUAAUAACGUGAUUAUUUUAAAGCAUACAUUAAAAUUAAUAAAUUUAUUAAAAGAAUCAUUUACCGGGGUUCAAAAUUCGUUAUUGGACGCGAUUUAUUCGCUUCUUAAUGAUCUAAGGUUGGAGGCUCUCGAAGAACGAAUUAACGAUGUUAUAAACGAAGAUAUCACAUAUGUAAAAUCGCCACUUGCACUUAGAAAUCAGCGAUGUUACGCAGUUAGGGCGGGAUUUAAUGGUUUGUUGGAUGUCGCUCGACAAACUUACAAAGAAACUGUUGAUGAUUUAAACGAAAUGAUAGACCAAUAUCGUGAGCAAUAUCAGAUCCCCAUUAAAACACAAUUUAGUUCAACUGCUGGAUUUUAUUUAUCAAUUAAUAUCGAACAGUUAGAAGACAAACAACUUCCCCUUAUAUUUAUUAAUGUGAAAAAAAAAAGGAAAACUUUGACCUUCACAACAUUAGAAGUGAUGAAAAAGAAUACAAAGAUUAGUGAUUCAUUAACUGAAGUAUAUUUGAUGUCUGACAAAACUAUUGAAGAUUUGAUUUCGGAAAUUCGUAAUGAUAUCAGUGUGUUAUACAAAGCUUCCGAAUCAAUCGCGAUGUUAGACAUGCUAACGUCAUUUGCUCAUCAAUGCACAGUGUCUAAUUAUGUUCGACCUGAAUUCACGGAUACUUUGGCAAUAAAGGCUGGAAGAAAUCCAAUGAGAGAAAGUUUAUAUGUUGAUACAUUUGUACCUAACGAUACUUAUGCUAGUAGUGCAACUAACUUCCAAUUAAUCACUGGUCCAAAUAUGAGCGGAAAAAGUACUUACUUGAGGCAAAUUGCUUUGAUGAGUAUUAUGUCUCAAAUUGGAUCAUAUGUGCCUGCUGAAUACGCAUCGUUUAGAAUUGUGGAUCAGCUUUUUACGCGAAUUUGUAACGACGAUAAUAUUGAAAGUAAUGCUAGUACAUUUGUAGUUGAAAUGCGUGAAACAGCAUACAUUUUACAAAAUGUAACAGAUGAUAGCUUAGUGAUUAUUGAUGAGCUUGGAAGAGGAACUUCCACACACGAUGGAUUGGGAAUUACAUACGCGAUUUGUGAAGAACUCUUAAAAACAAAAGCAUUUAUUUUUUUUGCAACACAUUUUCAUGAACUUACGAGAAGCUUAACCGUCUAUCCUAAUGUUGUAAAUUUACAUUUGGAAGUUGAAAUUGAAGAAGAAGAUAGUAGAGUUGCAAUGAAAUACUUGUAUCGAGUCAAAGACGGAAGAAACGAUGAAGAACAUUAUGGAUUAAAGUUCGGACAAAUUAUUGGUUUACCAGAAAACGUUAUUAGAAAGGCUACUGAAGUUUCAUAUAAGUUGAAAGAACUUAUUGAUUCCAAUAAAGAAAAAUCGACUUCAAAUAAAAUAAUUCAGCGGCGAAAGACAUUGUUACAAUUGACGCAACACUUGUUACAAAUUAGGAGAUCCUCUAACUUAGACAAGGAAGAAUUGAGAAAAUAUCUCAAAAUGGUUCAGGAAGAAUUUAUUACAAAGAUGGAAGCAUUAUUUUAACACUUAUUUUAAAUAUAUAAUAAUAAUACUGUUAGUUCAUACAUAAAAACAUAUAUCAUCUAAUAAUAAAUCUAAUAAUAAAUGUAUAUACGUAUUCAGCACGUGACCUCGUGAAAAGGAUUUCACUACGUUUCCUUGCUUUAGACCCAUAUUAGUUUAGCGCAUAAUAGGAUUUUCAGCUAUGUCCUAACAAAAUAGACGACCAACAAGAACAUCACCAUAGACAAUCGCCGUGAUUAUCGAAACGUAAGCGAUUAUCGAAAUAAUAUGAUAACCGAUAAUAUACGGUAUAUCCAGUGAUUUGUUCCAAAAGGAAAAAAUCAACUUUAUUGACGCCCUUG